AUGGCUUUAAGUUCGGCUGUGGUGGGGGGUACUGUGGACGGCGUCAAGGUGACCUUGGCUCACUUGCUGACCCACUCAGGGACGCAGGUCAUGAGAGGUAGACUCGUUAUAAGGAAGCCAGAUGAGGUCAGUUUGUGGGCGCCGAGUUUAUCUGCCAAGGAUGGGUUAUUUAACAAGAAGAAUCUGACGAGGUUACUGGAGCAGACGUUCCGCUUGGGCAGAAUCAACAAUGUUUGGUAUCCAGUGAACUUCAACAAUGAUGUGACGUUCAGGAAUGCAAGUUACACCAGCGUGAUCUGGUUGUUGGUCCAGAUGGCAGAGGACUUGUCAAGUGUGUGGUUGUAUGAGCGAGCCUUCCUCUACCUGCAGAGUAUUUCCAGCUUCCUCUCCUGGGCUGUUAUGGGUCGAGUGCAUGAGUUCUGGGGUUGGCGUCUGGUACAGGAGUUUGAACAGAUCCCGUUGAAGAUCAUCCCCCUCAGAAUGGACUGGACAGAGUCUGGCAGUGUUGAUGGCACUGUGGCCCUCUCCUCCAAAUACCUGGCACUCAUAACUCGUCUAGGUGACACCAAGAUCCUGGAGUACAGCAGCACAACCGAACAGUACCAUGACUUUGGCGUGGUGAUCCCUGGCAACUGUACCAGGAGUGUGGUGGGGUACGAGCGUCAGCAAGAGACCUUCAUCGUGACGGGCCACGUCUGUCACUACGAGGAUCCUGGCCAAACUCUCACCUCUGCCGGUACUCAGGAUGUGGGAGAUGAAUGGGUGCGGGUGUACAGGCUGGGGGCGAGGAGACGACCUUCCCUAGUGACGACCUUCCCUACACCUGGUGCAGUUGAUGUACAGGUGAUGUGGUGGCUGGGUGAGGUGUGCCUGGUGGUGGUGGAGGCUCGAGGGACGGACACUGUUGUGGCGUGUGAGGACCCUACCACCAGACAAUUCCUGGAGCGCCACCGACUACCUUCUGUCAACCCCCGCAAGGCGUCAGUAGCCAAGCACACAGACCCCACCGGCCUCCAUUGCACCUUCUUGGCCGUGGCUGACUCUGGCGACUCUCCAGAACGUAAGGGAGCUCUCUAUAUCUGGCGGAGUGACCACCACUCCUACACCACCACCUCCUUCAUCCUUCUGCAGGAGUUGGAUCUUCGCAGUGUAAUCUGGGUGGAGUUGAUCAGCCACUACACAGAUCUCUUCCUGGUGGUGGUGUCGGAGGCCUUUAGGGGUGACCAGGAAGGUGCCGUCAACAUCUACAGAAUGGACUGGUUCAGUGAGGAUGGAACAACACCCUUAGGCCACUUCGGCACAGUGAUGCAGAAUCCCAGCGGGAACACUAGCACCUUCCUUCUGCAGGGCUACCAACCGCAACCCAAGUUCUACCUCGUGCAGGGCCUGGCAGUGUAUCAGCCCAAGGAGGCCAGGUUCUCUGUACUAUCCUCCGGAGAGCUUGUCCUCUACAUCGUCAAUGAACAAGGCUUCGUCAGCAGGUUCUUCCAGAAGGGCAUCCACAGGUUCUGGGAAGAGGGGGAACUGCACGCUCACAAGAGGCAGACCAUGGAGGCCUGGGUGAUGGAGAGGAACGGAAGACGGGUACACAGAAUCUCUGUGGCCGGUGAGAGGUGUGCAGGAUUCGAAAACGAGCAACAAGACGAACCUGCCAGAGUUCUGGAGGCUAUAUAUAGAGGCGGUGAGCUUGUGAACAUAUGAUGGCUUACAAUGAGGCCGUCUUUUAGAGGAUAGGGACCUUGAAAUCCUGUUGAAGGAUAUAGAAGACUUCGUCCUUCAGGAUACUAUAUCUGGAUAGAGAUCCUUAGAAGAUAAAAAGUUACCCUGCUAUCAUGAGGAAUGUUUGAUGUCGUGACGUGUAAAAAUAAAGCUGAAGUCACAUGAACUCAAAAGACCUCUUGAGAUGCAGUAAACCUCCAACGCCUCCUUGUAGGACAGUUUGUCAACUUAACCAUUUAGCGGAAAAAUACUUUAUCAAGUCAUUUAUAUAUUUUACUAUUAGAGGAUAUCCAAGCACACAGUAGACACCUGGAGGGGCGCUGUGUUAUAUAUGUAAAAAGAUAUAUUAAUCUAAGAAGGAAAUACGAAUGAAACGGUGAACAUUGGACAUUGUAGGACUCCUUGUGGGGUCUUUGUUACUGUUAAAGAUUGUUAUUACUCUUUUAAAAGAUAGCUGUUUUAUUGUUGUUGAUAGUAUAGUAUAUU